AUGCCUCCAUCAUCUGGUCACCGCAAUACCUCGUUCAAAAAACUAGGCUUGAAGGUCUUCAAAACCGUUUCCUUCGAUUCGCGACUAGCCAAUUGGGUAUGCUCAUGGACAGAAGAGACCACAAUUACGAUGUUAUCACCAAAGGCGAAAGAUGAUUCUUGGAAUGGCGUCAUGAUAAAAUCAGAGCCUCCUGAAUAUUCCGUUGAUGAAAAGCACUUGAAAGAAGAAAAGAGCAACUUAACCAACUUCGCUAUAAAAGUAAAAAGCGAUCUUUCAAAAAAUGAAGGCGACACUAUAAAGUUACCUGCAGUAGAUAUGUCUGAACGUUAUUGGUGCAGCAAAUGUCAAAAACAAUUAGAAACCGCUGAAAGCUUGAGAAUUCACACAGAAGAACAUGAUCGCACGGAAAAGUCUGACCCUGACCCGACAGGCUCCAUUACUAAACCUUACACUUGUCCUACAUGCAAAAAAGUGUUUAAGAAAUUUGCUACAGUAAAGGCUCAUAUGCUAAAGCAUAAACCACUCAAUUUAAAAUGUAAAUUUUGUCAGAAAGUCUUUUCAACACAGCGUAAUAUUAAAGAACACAUGGAAAUUCACGAAAAGAAAAAAUACUAUGCAUGUGAUAUUUGCAACAAAAAUUUUAUUGUCAAAUCUAAUUUAAAGAAUCAUUUGAGAAGACACAUGAAUGAAAAAAAUUUUACUUGUAAUGUUUGUAAGAAGAAAUUUGUUUGGAAAUACGAACUUGAACUUCACAAGGUUACUCACACAGGAAAAAAGCCUUUUCAAUGUGAUGAUUGCAAAAAAGGAUUCAGUUUUCGGUCUAGUAUGAAAGUGCACAUACUGCGUAAUAUGAAAAAUGGUGGACAUAAUGGACGAGUCAGAAAAAAUCCUGUAAAUCAUAUUUGUGACAUUUGCUGUGAGAGUUUUCCGUUAAUGUCUGCUCUUGAUACUCACAAACUGAUACACUCGGAUAAAAAGCCCUAUGAGUGUGAAAUUUGCAAAAGAUGUUUUGUUGACAAAUACAAAUUACGGUAUCAUCAGAUACGUCGCUCUGAAGAAGAUCCUUAUUUUGAAUGCGAGAUUUGUAAACUCAAAUUUUGCCACAAACGUACUUUUUUGAUGCACGAAGCGAUUCAUUACAAAUUUGAUUCUCAACCUAUUCCUUUGAUAAAGGAAGAAAUAGACUUGCAGGCUAAUGAAAGUGAACCCUCUAUUGUAUCAUUAGGAGUGAUAAAGGAUGAACCGGCCAGACCGAAAUUCGUAACCGUUCAUUUUUCGAGCAAUAAAAAAAAGAAACAUAGACGUCGGUUUGAUCAAGGUUUUUCGAAAUCGAGUACAGAUGAACCUGAUUGUUUUCCUGGAUUGAUGCUAGAUGAAAAGGACCCGUUAAAGUUAGAUGAAGAUAUUCAAAUAAAGCAGGAACAAGCAAUGAAUGAGACUAAUUAA